CUCUUCGCGUCCCCAUUGAUCCCGCUUUCCCAGUCCUUUACACCCUCCGCUCAGCCCCACCCCGUCUCACAAGGCCCAAAGCGCAAGCUCCCAGCUCUCCCGAACCCUUUUCCGCGUCCCUCACUCCUCCUUCCCGACAUUCCCGUUUCCGCUUUCUCGCUGCUCCCGUUUUUAUCACCCCUGAGACACUUCACACGCUAAGGUCUUCAGUGACGUCAUCUCUCGGCGCCGCACUGACACCCGCCGGUGAAAAAGGGAACAGCUCCGCCGCCCUUCGCCUCUUUGUUGGGUUGCAGCUCCUUCAGUAUCAUGGCGCCAUCGCUGUGGAAGGGGCUGGUAGGCAUCGGCCUCUUUGCUUUAGCCCACGCCGCCUUUUCCGCUGCUCAGCAUCGUUCUUAUAUGCGAUUAACAGAAAAAGAAGAUGAAUCACUGCCAAUAGAUAUAGUGCUUCAGACACUUCUGGCCUUUGCAGUUACCUGUUAUGGUAUAGUUCAUAUUGCAGGGGAGUUUAAAGACAUGGAUGCUACUUCAGAACUAAAAAAUAAGACAUUUGAUACAUUAAGGAAUCACCCAUCCUUUUAUGUAUUUAAUCAUCGUGGUCGAGUACUGUUCCGGCCUUCGGAUGCCACAAAUUCUUCAAAUCAGGAUGCAUUGUCCUCUAGCACAUCACUGAAGUUACGAAAACUUGAAUCACUGCGCCGUUAAGAUUUUUACAAAUUAGGAUAUGACAGGACACAAAGCUGAAUAUUGGAGUUUGGGGUAUAAAACACACUCCCCCCAUUAGUAUUUAUAUUGAUCUCUCAGACCAAUUAAAAAAAAAAAACUAUGGCCAUUGUUUGUACAUUGUUGGUCAAGUUCUUAAUGCAGUAUUGGUUAUCUAUGAAAUGAAUCUUUGAUUGAAUUUAAUAUAAGGAAAUUUUUUCAUUUAAGACAAAUUCACGUAUUUUGUAAAGUCACUGUUUUGAACACAUUGAAAAAUGUUGAUGGUUUCUGUGAUUAUUUAUUUUCUUAAAAUUCUUUUCUUUUGCACUACAGUUUUUAGGAUCCUUUUGGAAUUACUGUGUGACUACUGCAUUUUGCAGCAUGAAUUAUAGUAAAAUGAUCUUCAGUUCUUAGGAAAUGAACUUCCCUAAUGAGACCAAAAUGGUGACAUAUACCUUCUUCUUAUAUCCCCUCACAAGUGGCUCUGCUUCAGCAAAUAUUUGCCGAUCUUUCAUUUAUCCAUGGUUUCUGACUCCACCCCACUCCUGUAUACUUUCUAGCAUUGACUGUCUUGUGUAAUCACUUCUCAGAUUCUGUGUACAGUAUGAAAUUUUUGUGUCGUAACAGAAGUAUUUAACAGGUUCAACUUGCUGUAAAACUAUUUGUGUUCUCUUCCUUUAUGUGUUAAAAUGUGCUCUAAGUGAUUAUAUAGUAUAGGAAUAGUUAAAGAUAGACCAAAAGACUAUUUGUGAUUUCAUUAUCCUGCCUAUGUAGAACAAUAAUUGUUGAGGAAAGCUGAUUGCUUGUUGUUAAUUUAAUUUAUUUAGAGUUGCUGUUAGCUGUUUUCAUGCUAAACUAGUGAAUUAAAUGAAAAUAAAACGUCUCAUUAAUCUAAAGGCAGACUUAAAGAAAUUGGGCCAAAUAUGUUCUAAAUAUUUGGAACAAAUUAUUUAAUUUUUUUUAAUAAAAUGCAAGGCCAUUUGAGAUUUAUAGCAGGUUUGGAGUUUUCUGUCUGUCUUCAGUCUAUGUUGGUGAGGAUGAAGACAUAGAAUUAAAUUCUUUUAGAAAGAGUAAUUUUACUUUUAGAGCAAUUGGCUAGCCUUUUGAUCCAGAAUGCUGCAGGAAACUGAAUGUUUUGAUGUAGGACAUAAUGCAUUUUUGAAUUGUACAGGUGUAAGCACAUUGCUUUUGUUGAAUUGUAUAGGUGUAAAGGGAAUGUCUGCAGAUUUGAAAAGGAAAUAUGCUUAAAGCAAGACUCAUAAGAUGUCCUUAUACUUGAUGGCAUUUUCCAUUAGAACCGAACCUCACUCCUUCUGUUCUGCCUGGUAACGCACAGCCCCAAGGCAUAAGAUGAAUUUGUCAUUGCAUUUUUUAUUAGUGUUUUGUUCUGUUUUGUUUCGCUGAUCUAGUCUUUCUGUGGAACACUGACUGCUCUCUAAUGAGAACAAAGUUAGAAUCUGCCGAUAGCCUAAAAUAAUUUGAAACGUGUGAAGAAUGUGAAGUCAGGUAAAAGUAAUAAUGAAAUCAAAGUAGUGUGGAAAAAAGCAAGCUCCUUAUGCCAGUUUUGUCUACCAUUUCCUCAGGUAUCACUUGACUUGGCAGAGUCUCUUGUUUUCUUCUCUUGCGGCUGAAUUCCUUUCCUAAUAUGUUUCCAUGGUGUUGUGAGAUGUAGUUUGCCUACCUUACAGUUGACCCAACUAAAGGGUGCAAUUCUGUGACUUUCAGUAAAUCACAAAAUUGUGCAAUAUUGGCCACAAUCACUUUUAGAACUUUUUGUAGUCCCCACAAAGAAUCCCCUUGCCCUGUAACAGUUGCCUCAUUUUCACCCAGUUCUGCCCCCGACCCUAAUCUACUUUCUCUCUGUGUGGGUAUGCCUUUCCUGGACAUUUAAUAUAAAUGAAUUUAUACAGUGUGAGUCUUUUGUGAGUGGAUUUCCCCCAGAGGCUUUCUAUGUGGAGUGAAAAGUUAUUCUUUAUCUUGUGAUUACUUAUUGUUGUGAAAGGACAUGGUUGGCAAAAUUAAUAUAUUUGAGAGAAGACCAGACUUAGCAGAUUUCUCAGUUGAUCAUUUGCAAUAGUUUUUCUUCAUAGUAAUCAGUGUAUUACUUUACAAUGUUUUCACUAGCUUCUAGAAUGGAUAUUGAACUCUCUGCCUGCCCAGUUAGGAAAGACCUGCUAAAAAUGAUGCCAAAUAAUUUGGCUAUAAUUGACAUAAUAAUUUUGAGUGUGCUAGCAGCUUGUAUACCUCAGGCCAGGUGAGCUCACCUAAUUUCUCUUCAAAUUGACCCCAGUCAAUUUCUGCUGUCUUUUCCAAGUAUAUACAUAGGACUAAAGGUGAUUCAGGUGCAUUGUAACCCUGAUAAAUGUAUUAACUAUGGCACUUAAUUUACAGCACAGUGAGACACUCAGUUACUGCCUAGGACAGUUCAAAACCAUGUGAGCUAGCUAAGUCUGCAGUGGACUAUGAUUUCAAUGACAUUCAGAAGUGUGUAUCAAUCACAGUUUUGAGAAUACAGAAAGACUCACUUGUUAAUAACGAGGGAGCCAGCCAAAUGGCCUUGUGGCAGAAAAUGCAGAUUGAUGAAUUGGGAAAUCUUGUGCGCUCUAGCUUUGUACUGGUUGUUUCCUAAGCACUGUGGCACAACAGCAUCUUCCUGGUUGUAUGUGGCCUGUUUCCAUGAUGUAUUGAGUGCUGUUUGUUGGGAGCAUCAGUGCCUGUAACAACAAACUAAACUUAUAUUUUGGAUAUAUUUUCUCUCUUUAAAUGAACUUACCCUGUCUAAUAAAUAAAUGAUUGUCUCA